AGAUCGAGAGCAGCGAGAGGCCUCCAGUGAGCGAACGCGGGCGGCAUCCUCUGUCUCCAGAAGUUUGAAGAUUCGGCCGCGAGCGGACUCGUGCGCCCGGACUCCGCGGAGCCAGCGUCUAGAGAGGAGAUCAGUGGCGACCGGGCCGCGGCGCGCCGGCUUUGUCAUGAUGGCCAGCUACCCCGAGCCCGAGGACGCCGCGGGGACCCUGCUGGCCCCCGAGACCGGCCGCACAGUCAAGGAGCCCGAGGCAACGCCGCCGAGCCCCGGCAAGGGCGGCGGGGGUGGCGGCGGGACAGCCCCGGAGAAGCCCGACCCGGCACAGAAGCCCCCGUAUUCGUACGUGGCGCUCAUCGCCAUGGCGAUCCGCGAGAGCGCCGAGAAGAGGCUCACGCUGUCUGGCAUCUACCAGUACAUCAUCGCCAAGUUCCCGUUCUACGAGAAGAACAAGAAGGGCUGGCAGAAUAGCAUCCGCCACAACCUCAGCCUCAACGAGUGCUUCAUCAAGGUGCCGCGCGAGGGCGGCGGCGAGCGCAAGGGCAACUACUGGACGCUGGACCCGGCCUGCGAGGACAUGUUCGAGAAGGGCAACUACCGGCGCCGCCGCCGCAUGAAGCGGCCCUUCCGGCCGCCGCCGGCGCACUUCCAGCCCGGCAAGGGGCUCUUCGGAGCCGGAGGCGCCGCCGGCGGCUGCGGCGUGGCGGGCGCAGGGGCCGACGGCUAUGGCUACCUGGCGCCCCCAAAGUACCUGCAGUCGGGUUUCCUCAACAACUCGUGGCCGCUACCACAGCCGCCUUCACCCAUGCCCUACGCCUCCUGCCAGAUGGCGGCUGCAGCGGCGGCGGCUGCAGCGGCGGCUGCGGCCGCGGGCCCGGGCAGUCCCGGCGCGGCCGCCGUCGUCAAGGGGCUGGCUGGCCCGGCAGCCUCGUACGGGCCGUACUCACGCGUGCAGAGCAUGGCGCUGCCCCCCGGAGUAGUGAACUCGUACAAUGGCCUGGGAGGCCCACCAGCCGCGCCCCCGCCGCCGCCGCACCCCCAUCCGCACCCGCACGCACAUCAUCUGCAUGCAGCCGCCGCACCCCCGCCAGCCCCGCCGCACCACGGGGCUGCCGCGCCACCCCCGGGUCAGCUCAGCCCGGCCAGCCCGGCCACUGCCGCGCCCCCGGCACCCGCGCCCACCAGUGCGCCCGGCCUGCAGUUCGCCUGCGCCCGGCAGCCCGAGCUCGCCAUGAUGCAUUGCUCUUACUGGGACCACGACAGCAAAACUGGCGCGCUGCACUCGCGCCUGGAUCUUUGAGAGUCACCGCAUGCCGGCGCGGACCGAUGUAAGGAUUCGAGGACGCCCGACGCCGGCCCUAGUCAGAGCUACAGUCGCCCAUCCCACCGCGCACCCUCUGAGGCCGACUCUUGAGCCAGCACCCAGGACCCUUCUGCGUCCCUUCGCUUCCCUCAGCUCCUCCUGCUUCUCUUUGUCCCCUCCGCUUCUCUUCCUGCGCUCUCCUCCCUGCCCUCCAUGCCCUUUGCUCCCCAGGCCUGAGGUCGCCUCUCCGAGUGCUUUCUACAAGUAGGCCUUGUCUCCUGGAGCCCCAGCGUCUGGGCCGGACACUCCAUGCCAAAAUUCACCACGGAAAGAGAGCGCCCAGGGCCGGGGUGCAACCGCGUCGGCGGCGCAGACCUCUUGGCCUUCUCUUACAGGUCGGUGGGCUUUCGCUGGGCAUUCCCCGCGCGAUUGCCGUUCAAUUCUUGGCUAGAAGCGCUGGGCUGGACCGGUAACAGGACCCACGCCACCGGAGAAAGGGACGAACGUGUCUGAUUGCUCCGCGAACCCUCUUGGAGCUGUUCAGAAGCCGCUUGCAGCGGGGCCACUGGGCGGGGCGGGGGUUGGGCCCAAGCGGGGAGCCGGGCAGCCCAGCUCCGCGGCCUGCGUUAGUGUUUGCACCACAUCCCCGCGUGGAAUGUGGCUGCGUUUGCUCCGCUCUCCAUCCCGGCGCUUCGGGCAUCUCCAGGCCGGGACGGCUGCUAAUGUCUUGCUAAAGAGAUCGGUGGGGUUUCUUUAGAUAACAUUGAAAAAUAUUUUUUAAGAGAAAAAAAACAUUCGCGGGAAAACCGGCGAAGUAUCGUGGCCUUGGAGUUUGCUAAAACCAAACAUCAACAUCAAAAGCUUUAGUGUCCCUCAUCUUCUCCCGUCGGGACUUCAGAAAGCUGUGUUCAAGAAGGUAGGAGAAAAUAACCAGUAAAAGAUGGUUCGUCUGUGAAUCGGGGGAGUUUUCCUGUCUCCCUGCUUGGGGGGAAAACAAUAAAAAAAUUUCCCAGAAUCUACGGACACAAGCCCCGGACUGCGGGAGAUCACUGCCUGCCCUGCGCACGCUGCAGGGGUGGCCCUCCCCUCCCUGGUUUUUGUUUUUCUAACGUCUUGCUUCUCCCACUUUUGGAAGGAGAAAUGUGAAACCCAGCAGCGGCCGGCCCAGGCGGGCUUGUGGCCCGGGCCGGCUGGCCCAAAAACCUUAGACCUGGUUGUUGUGUAGUAUGUUAUUUGGGGGACCAAAUUUUCUAGAGAGAACUAGAGCACUUUUGUUGUAUUUGUGU